AUCUAUUCGGUUUAUUUGCUCAUUGAUUCUCUUGUAGAAUGUUAUAUCCAUAAUUUUGCGAAAACAAUGAAAAAAUGCAUAGUUGUCUAAAUCUCAUUGGCACGUUGUUUUGAGCAUAAAUUUGCCCAACUCGUUGUAUUUUUUUCUGUGCCUAAUUCAACCACUUUCUCUCCAGCGUGUGUUUGUGCGUGUGUGUGUGGAAAAUACAGUGAGAUUAAGAAUAAUGAAGUUGCGUCAACUUCCUUAUAUUAUAGCUGCUGUCGGUCUUGUUCAAGCGAGCAAUAGCAAUGAUGCUUCCACCGUCAUCAAAGGGGUCGAUCCUGCCAAUUAUGCUCUCUAUCAACCUAAUAAUGACGGAACAUGGACUUGCUUCGAUGGUUCAAAGACCAUUGCCAAGUCAGCCAUCAAUGAUGACUACUGUGAUUGCCCUGACGGAUCCGAUGAGCCAGGCACUUCGGCUUGUCCAAAUGCUAUGUUUUAUUGUGCCAAUAAGGGCCAUAUACCUGCUUACAUCAAAUCGUAUGCUGUGAAUGACGGUGUCUGCGACGAGGCAUGUUGCGACGGUUCCGACGAAGACGGCACACGGACGACCUGUCCUGACCGCUGUCAAGAGAUCGGGGAAGCGUAUCGUCAUGCUCAAGCUAGUCUUGAAGCAUCUGUUCAAGCAGGGCUUCUCGCCAAACAACAAUUGAUUGAUGAAGCGCAACAGCAAAUAGCUACUUGGCAAGAAGAAAAGCUUAAAUUGGAGGAUCAAAUCAUCUUGAAAAAAUCCACCUUGUUGAAACUGCAGCGCGAUUUGCAAAAGCUGGAAAAGAACAAUAAAGCAUCUCGACAAAAUCAUGUCAAUACCAACCGCGUGGAAAUCGAUACUCUGAAGCAUGAUGUGACAAUUUUGAAAAAGGAGUUAACUUUCCUCAAUACAGUCCUAAGUGAGAUGAAGAGAAAUCAUAAUCAUAAUUAUCAUGAUUUGGCUGUGAAGGAAGCUAUUACAAAAUACGAGACAUUUGCCUCUCGCUUUCCCGAUAUCGUGUCAGAAAUUGAAGAGCAUUUAGCGGAAAUUGGAGACGAGUCCAUGCAUGCUGAAGUGGACGAAGACAUUGACGUGGACGACGACGAGGAUGACGAGGAUGAGAAUGAAGAUGCAUUUGAAAAGGCGUCAGAGGCCGUACAACAAGAUAAGUCUGAUUUAGAGAACCACGAAGGUAAGCAUGACAACUCCUUCACUUCCAUUUCUUCAUCUUCUAUCCUCCAUUAUGUAUUUGAGAAAUUGGAUCCUGUACUUCCAUCGAUUUUGAAGAGCAACAUCAAGAAUUGGUUAUUAUCCAAAAACUUGUUGGUACCAGAUGAGCCAACAUCACCCUUUUCAAAUACCCUACUCAACACGAAGGAAGCAGCCGUAGAAAAUGCACAAGAAGCAGUUAACAAAGCCAAAGAAGAGGUGGCUCAAUUGAAUAAAGAGCUGGGCAUAAUGAAAGAGAAUAUCGAAAAGGAUUAUGGUACAGAUGGUGAAUGGUUAAAGUUGAAAGAUAUUUGUAUUGAAAAAGACGAAGGAGAAUAUACCUACUCUUUAUGUUUCCUUGGUGACGCUUAUCAAAAGAGCAACAAAGAUAGCAGCCGCACCUUUUUAGGAAAAUUUGAAAAGUUCGAUGGCGGUGAAGGUGCAGAUAAAUAUAAAGUCCAUCACCAUGACCAAGGCACACGUUGUUGGAAUGGUCCUCUAAGAAGCGUUAGAGCUACCAUAGAAUGUGGUAUGCAAAAUGAAAUUUUGGAGGUGACAGAACCUCAAAAAUGCGAAUACCAUUACCGUUUAAAGUCACCAGCAGUUUGUCAAUCAUUGGUGUCAGUUGCUGCUGAGGCAGCCAAGGCUGCUUCCAAGGAAGAUACUGCAUCCAAGAUAGCAGAAGAAAUCAAAGAAGCUCAUCUUGACCUCAACAAUAAUAAAAAGCCUGUUCAUGAAGAGUUGUAAAACAGAAAACAGACAGAACAACAAGAAUACAUAGUAUGUAGACUAUGUCUAUUGUAAUAAACAAUCCUCGUUUUGCUCUUUUUUUUAAAAAAAAUAAAAUAAAUUCUGGAUAUACUAUGGAAGUGCAUAUCGCACAACGAAC